AUGAUCCCCUCAAUGGGAUCGUUUAUCCUCUCCCGGCGAGCACGCCAGCUGCUCGCCGGAUUUUUUACCACCCUGGUCCUCCUCUCCUUCUCCUUUAUCGACAACCUGAAUGGGCUCCGCCCUGGCCUGACAACGACAGCAGCAGCAGCAGUGCAAUGCCGCCAAGGCACCAGCAACGGGCCGUGCACGACUUUCCCGCGCAAAAUCUGGCAGAUCUGGAAGACGGAUCCGUUCUCUUUCGAGGAACGGGACCUGAAAGUUGCUCGGAGCUGGACGUCCAAGAACCCGAAAUACCGCUACGAGGUGUUGACCGACAAUCACGAUCUCGAGUAUGUGAAGACGCAUUUUGGGCCGAGCGGGUACAAUCGCCCGGAUAUCGUCGAGGUAUACAGCGCGCUACAGGCCAAGAUCAUCAAGGCGGACCUGCUGCGGUACCUCGUGAUGUACGUGGAGGGCGGAAUGUACGCAGAUAUUGACGUCGAAGAUCUCAGGCCUAUCGACCGCUUUAUUCCAGAUCGGUACGACGAGCACGAUGUGGAUAUGGUCAUUGGCGUGGAGAUUGACGAGCCCGAUUUCCGCGACCACCCUAUCCUGGGCCAAAAGUCCAUGUCGUUUUGCCAGUGGACGUUCAUGUGCAAGCCGCAGCUGCCGGUUAUGCUCCGGCUAACCGAGAACAUCAUCGCAUGGUUGCACGGUCUAUCCGAAAAACAGGGCAAGCCAAUCUCCGAGCUGGAGCUGGACUUUGACGAUGUCAUCACGGGCACAGGUCCGUCAGCAUUCACAAACGCCGUGCUAGCGGAGAUGAGCCUUGCUGCUGGGCACGAGGUCACCUGGGAUACCUUUCACGAUAUAACCGAAUCGAAGCUCGUCGGUGGGUUUCUGGUCCUCACCGUCGAGGCCUUUGCAGCGGGCCAGGGCCACUCGGAUUCGGGAAACCAUGACGCCCGCUCGGCGCUGGUCAGGCAUCACUAUCAUGCGUCUGGGUGGCCGAACAAGCACCCGCGGUAUAAACACCCGAUCUAUGGCGAGGUGGAGAAGUGCAACUGGAAUAAGCAAUGCGUGCGCGAGUGGGAUGAGAAUACGGCUGCGUUUGCCGCGUUGUCCACGGAGGAGCAGGAGAAGCAGAUUGCGCUGAAGAAGGCUGCCGAUGAGGAAGCAGAACGGCAACGACAGGCGGAGGAGGCGAGAGAAAAGGAAGCCAAGGAAAAGGAGGCGAAAGAGAAGGAGGCGGCCGAAGCAGCUGCUGCAGCAGCAGCAGCAAAUCCCGUGCAAGUGUAG